ACCGUGGCGCUGUCGGCACCUUCCGGCGGCCACCACUAUAACUAUUUCUUUUACCGUGUGUUCGUGACAAACAUGGCUCCUACAAAGCCAAAAUCAGCGGAAAAGUCCGCUCCCAAAAAAGAAGAGAAGAAGAAGCCCGCCUCAGCCCCAGCCGCUGCAGCUGGCGCUAGCACUUCCUCCAAAACCCCAGCUCCGGCCCCUAAAGCCGCCGCCAAAGCUGCAAGCAGUGGAUCUUCGAAGCCAUCUGAGAAGAAAACCACUGCCAAAACUCCAGCGCCUAAGCCCGCGGCCGCCGCUAAAGCUGCGACAACUGGCAAAGCGGCGCCGGCCCCUGCCGCCGCCGCCAAGGCUAAAGCUAAACCCACAGCGAAGACCGCGGCUAAACCUGCUGCCAAAGCCGCUGCUAAACCUACGGCUAAAGCGACAGUGAAGAAGGCGACUGCUAAGGUUGGAGCUAAGCCGAAAAUUCCACCAAAGGCACUGGUGACGAAGCCCAAGAAGACGGUGCCCGUUAAACAGCAAAAGGGGGUUGGAAAGAAGGUAGCGGCACCUGCAGCGCCGGUUCAGAAGGCGUUGAAAAUACAGAAGAAGGUGAUCAAGGGGCCUCAUGGCACUCACGCAAGGAAGAUCAGGACUUCGGUGCACUUCCAUCGCCCGAAGACAUUCAGACCACCCAGAAAUCCUAAAUACCCGAGGAAGUCGGUACCGAGUAGGACUAGGAUGGACGCGUAUAACAUUAUUAAAUUUCCGUUGACUACGGAAGCAGCGAUGAAGAAGAUUGAGGAUAAUAAUACUUUGGUGUUUUUGGUCCACACUAUGGCAAACAAGCACCAUAUCAGAGCUGCAGUUAAAAAGUUGUAUGACAUUAAUGUGGCUAAAGUCAAUACUUUGAUUAGGCCUGAUGGGAAGAAGAAGGCGUACGUCAGAUUAGCGAGGGACUACGACGCGCUGGAUGUUGCCAACAAGAUUGGGAUAAUAUAAAAGGUAUCUUCAAUUUUAAUUUUUUGUACAUUUAUGACAUGAAUAAAGUUGGAGAUGCUCUUUCUUAAGUUUA